GGCCGUUAAUUGAUACGAGAUCGCCGCGCGGACAGCCCGCAGCAUCGAGUGCUUGAACUGCAGUAGACUUUGCGCGUGUAAUUGAUAAGACAGCUACACAAACAUCCUCGCGCAGCUCAGUUAUUUGUACAUCAUGGCUCCAGCCUCAUAUAAGAUAGAAGUGUAUCUCGCUAGAGACACAUAAUAUAUAAUGUACUCAUUUUGCACUGAACGUGCACUCGUGUAAACAUCAUCAUCAUCAUGAUGCUCGGCGCUCGUUAGACGAUCAGCGGCUAACUGUCAUCUAAUCGUCAACAGUCGAGUUCGAACUAGCGUCGCGCGCGCAUAUCGUCGUCGCGCGCCCUGUCAGUGGCUGCAGCGGCCACAACAACAACCAGCCACAUGGACGGGCGCAAUGUUGCUAACAAUUUCGACCACGACGACAAUACGGACGCCAGCUCAUCGGCCGAUGCUUAUCAACGUUUCAACGACAACUGGCCCUCGAGGAGAAUCGAUGCGCCUGCAGCGGCCUGCACCAGCAGCAGCAGCAGUAGCUCCAAAUAUGGAUCUAUGUUGUCUUGCCCUUUCCCAGACAGCCGGAUGAAGAUUUCUUUACAUCAUACAAUGGAUAAUCCAAAUGGAUCCAGUCGCAGGAAUGUUCCUGAUAUUGAAUCUCAUGUACUUUCCGAGAAUGCCUUGCUUUCUCGCAAUCCUGGUGCCAACUUUGAUCCAGACAUGUAUUGGGAGAUGAAUUAUCAUGAAGCAGCUAUUUUUCUUGAGGAAGGUAGAAACAAUGAAAAAUUUGACUCGCAUCCCAGACACCCAGAAGAUUUGCCAGCGUAUUUGUUAGUUCAUAAUAGUUGGUAUUAUGGCCUUGAUCUUUUUACUUCUUUAAUUUUGUUGGCCUUGGCUUUUGUUGAAGAACCAGCUGUACCUCUCUUUCAACUUCCAGUUUGGUCUCAUGCCACUAUUGAACUCUUAGCUCUCAUGACAAUAGGUGUUGAGCUAGCCUUAAAGCUAAGAUGGAUUGGAUGGGGUACAAUGUUAAAACAUAAAAGAACAAUGUUGAAGUGCAUUACUCUUUUUGUAAUGUUUAUCGAAGUUCUGAUCGUUUUGGUGCGUCAAUCAUCACAUUAUCGAGUAACACGGGCGUUACGUCCGAUAUUUUUGAUUGACACUAAGUACUGUGGAAAUGUUCGUCGCUUCGUGCGUCAAAUUUUGCAAACGCUUCCACCUAUACUGGAUAUGUUGGGACUUUUAUUGUUUUUUAUGACGACUUACAUGGUUCUAGGAUAUUACUUGUUUUAUGAAAUAAACAGAAAUUUUGCAACUUUACAAGACAGCUUCGUUAGUCUUUUUGUUUUGUUGACAACUGCAAAUUUUCCAGAUGUAAUGAUGGAGUCAUUUUCACUAAGUAAAUGGUAUGGCAUUUAUUUUGUAUCGUACAUAUGUACGAUGCUUUAUGUAAUGAUGAAUCUCAUGUUAGCGGUUGUAAAUGAAACCUUCACAUCGGCCGAACGCGACAAGUUUAAAAAAUUAUUUCUUCACAAACGAAAAGCGUGUCAGCAUGCCUUUAAACUUUUAGUUUCCAAACAAACGCCUGAUCAAAUGCUCUUUAAACAGUUCGAAGGGUUGAUGCGCUAUUACGCCCCACAAAAGAAUGUAUUAGAUGUUGUUUUGAUGUUUCGAUAUCUGAAUACAUCCGGAAGUGGAUACCUUACGUCUGAUGAAUUCCUCAACAUUUACGACGCCACUGUUUUAAAGUGGGAUUUGCACUAUACCAGUAUUCCAUGGUACAAAAUGGUUUGGAAACCAAUGCAAAUUUUGUGUCAAAGUGCUCAUACUAUCGUGAAUUGGUCGUAUUAUGAGAGUCUAGUUUAUACUAUAAUCGUCGGAAAUGCAGUGGCCAUGAUAACUCGUCUUAUUGAACCAGAAACUGAUAGAGAAAAGUCAGCUCAUUUAUUUGCAGCCAGUUGGGAUACGUUUGUAUUUGGUGGCUUAUUUGCUGCUGAAGCGUUAACAAAAGUACUGGGACUUGGUGUGCGAGGAUAUUUAAAUUCUGGUUGGAAUUUAUUUGAUUUGAGUACAUCAAUGAUGGUAUUGGUAUCAGCUUGUGUACUCACAUUUUUCCCUAGUGCUGUAUUGUUUGUCGUAUUUCGUCCACUUAGGACUUUAAGAUUAUUCAAAAUGAAAAAACGUUAUCGUGACGUUUUUGGAACUCUAGUUAUUUUAACACCAUUGAUGCUGUCGACUGCGAUUGUGAUGCUUGUAUUGUACUACUUCUUUGCAAUCAUUGGAAUGGAGCUCUUCUCUGGUCAUGAUAUGAGAAACUGUUGCAAAAAUACUACAGUUGAAGAUUUUUAUAAAUACUCAAUAAAUGAAACAACUAGUUUGGGAUAUUAUUACUUGAAUACUUUUGAUAAUUUAUUGGCUAGUGGUAUGACAUUAUUCGAGUUAACUGUGGUCAACAAUUGGUUCAUUCUAAUGAAUGCAUAUGCUAUUACUGUUGGAACAUAUACAAGAGCAUAUUUUAUGAUAUUCUACUUGGUUACUAUGAUUGUUUUAACGAUAGUUGUGUCCAGUUUUCUCGAAGCUUUUAGAUUCAGAAUUCAAUAUAAAAGAUCAACCACAAAACGUGACGAGGAAAAAAUGUUACACGAAGAAGUUGAAUUAAAGCAUACUGAGUUACAAUCAAUGAUUGGAGAUUACAAUUUGUUGGAACGAACGCGUGAAUUUUUACCUGCAGGCUCCGAUGCUGUAUUCAUAGGUACAAGACCACGAACUCGAGAAGUAUUGCAAAGAAGAAUGUACAUUCAUGAAAUUAUCGAAUGGCUAUCGGAAGCAAGAUCGCAAGAAGGAACAACCAUUACAAAUAUUAAUUAUGAAUACGAUGAUGAUAGUAUUACAGAAAUGGAUAGUGCAAUAUUAAAUGGUGUAACAUUUACGGAAAGAAGGCCUAGUGCAGUUUUCGAGUCUGCGUGAUUAUUGUAAAUAUUUGUACAAAUAGUUGUAAGCUACAUCUCAUUUGUUUCAGUUGAAUGUCAUUAGUUAGUAAUUUAAAAGCACCUAGUCAAACAAUUUUUUUACUGAUUUCGGACAUAUUCAAGUAAUUUGUUAGUAGUAUCAUAUCAUGUAUUAUAUAUCAAAAAUUGUUUUGAUAUUCAUCACUUUACUAUUAGAAGCUCAGAUGUAUUAAUUAGAUUUAUUAUUAUAAUCUACCUUAUUACCAUAUUAUUUGGUAUUUAAGAUUAUAAGUUUGCUGAAGCAGCGAAUAAAUCGCUAUUAUAUUAGUUAUAUAAUAUGUAAAGUAUGUAUACAUAUUUAUGUCUCUAAGAAUUUUUAUAAAAAUUGA